UCACACACACACACACACACACACACAGCUCCUUAGCCCUAACUUAAGUUGAUCAUUCACUCAAGUCCUUGAUAUUUACUGCCAGUGUUUAAAGCAACACUUUAGACACCACACAGCAGAUCAGAUCGGAUCAGAACAGGUUUCUGGGGAAAACACACACAGCUUCCUGAAUCCCAGAAAACACUCCACAUGCUGGUCCAGUCAUCAGAACCAUUCUGCUUUCACACACAGGUCAGUGUAGCGUGCUGUCCGUGAGCAGCUCACAGCGGGAUGGGACGGAGGCAUGGCGCACUACAUGCAGUCAGCGACAGCGUCCCAGAGCGACGUGAAUCUUGGAACAUCUGCCAAUCCUCAUGCCAAACCCACUGACUUCGACUUCCUGGCGGUGAUCGGAAAGGGAACAUUCGGCAAAGUUCUUCUGGCUAAACUGAAAGCAGAUGGGAAAUUUUAUGCGGUGAAGGUCCUGCAGAAAAAAAUUAUAUUAAAGAAAAAAGAGCAAAAGAACAUCAUGGCUGAGAGGAAUGUUCUGCUGAAGAGCCUGCAGCACCCCUUCCUCGUCGGCCUUCAUUACUCCUUCCAGACCGCGGAGAAGCUUUACUUCGUCCUGGACUACGUGAACGGAGGAGAGUUAUUCUUCCAUCUCCAGAGAGAGCGAUGUUUCUCAGAAGCACGAGCACGUUUCUACACGGCCGAGGUGGCCAGUGCUAUCGGCUACCUGCAUUCACUCAACAUCAUUUACAGGGAUUUGAAACCGGAAAACAUCCUGUUAGAUGCACAGGGCCACGUGGUUCUGACAGAUUUUGGUCUGUGUAAAGAAGGUCUGGAAGCUGAAGCCACCACCAGCACGUUUUGUGGAACACCGGAGUAUCUUGCUCCAGAGGUUCUGCGGAAGGAGCCGUAUGACCGCACGGUGGACUGGUGGUGCCUCGGUGCCGUGCUGUACGAGAUGCUCUUUAGCCUACCCCCGUUUUACCAGCGUGAUGUAGCAGAGAUGUACGAUGCCAUCUUACACAAACCCCUGCAGAUACCUCCAGGGAAAUCAGAUGCAGUGUGUCACCUGCUGCAUGGACUUCUGCAGAAAGACCAGCACUGCCGUUUAGGAGCCAUCGCUGACUUUCUGGAGAUUAAAAAUCACAUUUUCUUCACCUGUAUUAAUUGGGAUGAUCUUUACCACAAGCGUCUCACUCCACCGUACAACCCUAACGUGAGAGGCCCGGCUGACCUCCAGAACAUCGAUCCAGAGUUCACCAGAGAGAUGGUGCCCGGCUCUGUGGGUCGUACUCCUGAGCUGACCGCCAGCCUGGCCACCAGCAGCUCCAACGCCUUCAGCGGCUUCUCCUACGUAUCCAGCGAGAACAGCUUCCUCUGAGUGCGACAGAGCGACUUUCUUCUAAUACCAGAUGUACUGAAUGACCUGGAAGACUGUUUUGCUUUGGCCAGGCUUCUCUGCACUGACCACAGUCUCUUCACUGCUUUGGUUGAACCUCAGAGCACAAAUUUAAAGCACCAGCACUGAACACCUGAAACGUUUCGGGCGUCUUUAUCGUCUAGUUUUAUAAAGUGGAGUAGACGAGUAUGUACACGCUUUAACUGCCUUUCCUUUGUCAUAAAAGUUUUAGAUAUUUGUUUAUAUUUUGGCUUGUACAUUACACACUGAAACGCUCGAGCGCUAAAACGUUAGCCGAACGCUAGAAAACGUAGCUUGCUGUUUUUAUUCCUUCUUCAGCUCUCUCUCUCUCUCUCUUUCUCUCUCUCUUUCUCUCUCUCUCUCUUUAAAAAUUAUUCAAAAGUAGGACAAUGUGUAUAAAAUUGUCAGGAUUAAAAUACUGUAAUCACGGGGAAGAAAUAAGACUGCUUUUAGAACUUUUUACUGCUUUUGUUAAGGUUUUAUUUUCAGAUGUUUGUGGAACUGAUGUUGAUGCUGUGAGUGGAGCGGAUGUUCUGAAGAUUGAGUGAUAUUAAACCUGCUGUUGGUUAACAUCAGUCUGCUCCUGUGUUUCCUUUCAAUGUACGUUUAUAAAAGACUGUAUAGCAAUGAUACAGAGAACAAACGCCCUGAGAUGAUAUGAGGAACCUUUAGAGGAACCAGGCUCAGAAGAGAACCUCAUCCUCAUAUUGGUGAGAAAAACUUUCAGGAAGUGAUUGUUGUGUUCAUGUGAAAACACAGACAGCUCUGAGUAAACACUGUCACCUGGUGACAUGCUCCUACCUGUACAUCAUCAUCCGCUGUUCCUCCUGUCCUUCCUCAGGAUCUUCCUCAGGAUCUUCCUCAGGAUCUGCUGCUCGAACCUCUGGGUUUGAUGAACAAUGUUUGCGACGUUUCUGCUGCAUCACUACUUUUUUUUCUGUCUUUU